AUGGCUCAUCAGCCGAUGCACAUCAACGACUGGAUUGAGAUUGAUAGUGAUUAUACGUGGUACAUCCAUGAGAAGACACGGGUCAUAAAUGAGCAAGGUAAACAUGUCAUUGAUUCUUUGCCGGAGAACGAUGAUGCGUGCAAUGAGCUUCUUGAGCUUCUGGUCAAUUGGUUGCCAAAACGAUACCCAAAAUUGUUUGCAAAUAUUGGGAAAGACGGAAUUUGGAACAAAGUUAUCAACGAGCGGUUUGAACACACAAAAGACGUCUAUGGAGUUGACGCGUUGAAAAUAAUAUCACGGCUAGUUCAAGACGAUUUUCUCAUGGCUAGGGAGCGGGAAGAUGGCCAUAUUUACUUCGUGGGGGGGCUUGUGGCGUUUCCGGGUGAGUCGUCUGACCUCGGAAGAAGGAGCAUCAAGUAA